UGAGUGUCCCCUGGUUCCUAUGCAAACUUCUGGACCAUGAACAGUUCCUGUAGAGGGACCAAGAGAGAGGCACCCCCACUGAGGUGCUGGGAUAGACCCUUAGAGGGGCUGCCUGGAGCAAGACUUGCACCCAUAUUGAAGUUGCCAGCUAAGGGCAAGAACAGGUUUCCCAUCUUGAGGACCUCUCCCAGGUCUGAGCCGUCUCCGUGUACCUUCCAUGAACAGAUUGGGCCCAGAGAAGUUCUUCGUAGGUGACGACCCAGUGGAGCCGGUGCCUCCCAGCCAAGCUCAGUGCUGCCCGUCUGCAGCUGAAUCCACAGAGCAGCUGGAGGAAGAGGAGAAUGAAGAAGAGAAAGGGAGGGAGGGAAAACAGGACGACAGCAACGGCUUCCACGCGUCACCCCUUAGAAGGUCUGGGGCUUUCAGAGCCCACAGCCACACCACCGACACCUUCAAAAGACACAGCUGGGGGCCUGGCAAGGAGUUUCAGGACCCAAUAAGCAGGAGGAGACUGCAGUCAUCGGGAUGCCCAAGCACCCAGGAAGCCCCGUCUCUACAGAGCCUCGAGGAACUGGACGCCCUUCUGGGAGCGCAGCAACAGCAGGAGCAGCAGGAGCAGCAGGAGCAGCAGCAACAGCAGCAGCAGGGUGGCCAACCCUUUCACCGGGGGCUGUGCUAAACUCUUCUGUGUCUGAGCAAUUCCAGUGCAUGUACUCCUGAGAAGCCCAGGCUCGUCUGCCCUGCAUUGACUGUGUCUUUUAGACAUUUUGACACUGACCCUUUGUGGUUAUUAUGUAUUUGGGGAUUUAUAUCAA